GCAACUCCAAUAAAGGUCCAACCAGCGUGAGACCUGUUUUGGUACAUGAGGACACUCGCUAAACCACUACCUCACGGCCAUGCGGCAAAAUCGUGUAGCCACAUAGUGCGAAGACGCCUUGUGUCUUUGUCUAAGAGGUUUUGCGGGUCUAGGAGGAGUGGCGUGGAGGAGCCUUGCUUCUCACAGAUAAGGUUGCAGGAUGGGGGAGACCCCAGGGGCUAACUCUGCUGCCAUCACACCACUGCAGCAGAUGCUGGCAUCUGGCACUGGCGCCUUACUGACCUCCGUCUUUGUAACGCCAUUGGACGUGGUGAAGAUCAGACUUCAAGCACAGCAGACUCCGUUCCACAAAGCUGUUACAGCAGAUUCGAGGCCCUGGAAGCGAGUGAUGCGGUCGUCUAAGUGGAAGUGCUUUCUGUACUGUAAUGGACUGAUGGACCACGUUUAUGUGUGCCAGAACAUGACCACCUGCAGUGCCUGGUACAAGACUCCCACCCACUUCAAUGGCACCGUGGAUGCAUUUGUGAAGAUCUCGCGGUAUGAGGGUUUGCGGUCUCUCUGGAGUGGUCUCCCCCCCACACUGGUGAUGGCAGUUCCUGCCACAGUCAUUUACUUCACCUGCUAUGACCAACUGCGAGACUUCCUACGUUACGGCAUGGGUUACCAAGGCAACCAUGUUCCUCUGGUAGCAGGUGCAUUGGCAAGAUUGGGUGCCGUGACAGUAAUCAGCCCUCUGGAGCUUAUUCGUACCAAGAUGCAGUCGCGGAAGCUGACGUACGGAGAGCUGCGGGUGUGUAUCUGCUCAGCGGUGACUCACGAUGGCUGGCUCUCGCUCUGGAGGGGCUGGGGUCCCACUGUCCUGCGCGACGUGCCUUUCUCUGCUCUAUACUGGUUUAACUAUGAGCUGGUGAAAGCAAAGCUGUGUGAGAGAUAUGAACUGCUGCAGGCCCCUUUUGCAAUCAGCUUCAGUGCAGGAGCCAUCUCCGGAGCUAUCGCUGCGAUGAUGACCCUUCCAUUUGACGUGGUGAAAACCCGCAGGCAGAUCCAGCUGGGGGAGAUGGACACGCUGGGGGCAGCCCACCUGAAGAAACCCUCUUCCACCUUACACAUUAUGAAGGGCAUCUGGACUGAGACAGGUUAUCGAGGCUUGUUUGCAGGUUUCCUUCCUCGGGUGGUCAAAGUUGCUCCGGCAUGUGCAGUCAUGAUCAGCACGUACGAGUUUGGCAAGGCAUUCUUCCACAAGCGCAACGAGGAGCGGGAGCAGCGAGGAGCCUGAGCGCACUUCAGACCCAGCCUCGGAGGAGCAUCCUGGCAGUGCACCAGAUGCCACAGCAUGGGUGCUGCUUAGGGCUGCUCCAUAUAUUGUUUGUUAAUUGUUAUUGUGAUACUGCCCUUCACAAUACUGAAAUUGCACAAGGCUGCAACAUGACAUUUUUCGCACUAACAAAUUGGUACAUAUUUUAAUGUUUUAAUUCUUUCCUGUGAGCAUCCUGCCCAAACUCAAACCUCCAGUGUCAUCAACAUUGGUGAAAAUGACGAGGGCCAGUCAUCAUUCAUGGAUUUAAUUUUUUAUGGACUUCCUGACAGGACGUUGAGACAGUACAGUGUCAUAUUUUGGAUUACUCCAAUCUAAAAUUAAGAAGUGAACUCAAAAUAUAUAACAUUAAAAUAUAUACAAAAUGGAGAAGUAAAUAUAGUGCAAGGCAUAUCGCAAUCACAAUAUAAUCGCAAUAUAGUCGUAUUUUUGUCCAUCUCCUACAGCUGGAUGUGUUGGGCCAAGGUUGAGUCUUUGGCCCCCUCAGACGGAAGGGUUGUGAGAGACUGACACGAUCCAGUUGAAGCUGGUGCUCCUGGGUACAGUGCUCUAUGGCAUUGCAGUAACACGAGACUGCGACUACAUACACUGGAACAACACCAAAGCAUGCUGGGAAAACCACUACCUCCGUUUGCCUUUGGUGAAUGAAUUAUUUGUUGGCCGUUUGUCUCGGUGAUAUUGCUCCGUGGUUGUGCGUUGCCUCCACCCAAGCUAUUGUUGACUGCAAACGUGUAAGAUUUUGAACUAGUGAAUUGGUGUGCAGCAGUGCCCCUUUGUGUUCAUGCACUGGAACCACAAGAUGGACACAAUGGGAGAAAAUGGCUGAGUUCUAAAAAGCUGAAUGUCAGUUACCUUUUUAUGCUACAGCAGCAAAGGUUAUUUAGUUCCAGCAUACUUCUUGGAUACAUUUUAAUCAAUCUGUAAAUUACAUGCAUUUCAGAUCGAGUAUAGGAGAGUGUUAAACUGUGAAAACCCACUAAGAUUAAAAUUAAAUAGUCUCUAGGUUUAAUUAUUAUCUUGCAGCGUUUAACCUUUGGACAAGUCCUGUUUAAGCAGCUGUGAGGACGGCUGCAGCACUAAGAUGCAGUCUGGUGGUCAGGGCCUUGUUUGUUUUAAUGUAUCUGCAAAUAAAUCACACUCAUUGUGUCCUGCCUUUAAGUGUCAACCUUGUUGAGGACUGACAUAUUUCCAGUAGACUGAACAAGAGGUGAAAAGCCAUUUGCCACUGAAAUGUAUGGUCCUUCAAUAUUUAUGUGUAACUCCCCUGUAUUUACUGAUUAUUGAGUUUCAGGGAUUGGGGUUUGAAAGUGUAAAUGUAUGAUUAUAUUCAAUAAAGAGCUAGAUAUGGA